AUGGGUAACAACGCGUCUUCGUCCUCCAAGCCGACAACCCCGACUGCUUCGACUCCGGGUUCGGCUCAUGGUCAUCUCCAUGGCCAUGAAUCUCCCCGCCAUCAUCUGCGCAAGGAUGCCCGCAAUAUCAUCACCGGCCAUACGCAUCGCUCUGCCGCGCCGCCAGAGCCUUCUAUGGCGCAGGCUCAAGGCUCGACUGUGAUCAAUCGCCCAAAGAGUCUGCCUCCCACUGCAGUGUCUUCUCUUAGCGGCUCUCCACAUAGCAACUUUACGGCCGUCCACAAGACUGCUUCCUCCUCUGAUACUAAAGCCAUCGCUGAGAAGCAGGCUGCUGCUACGCCCGAGUCCAAAACUGUCGAGUCGAAACCUCAAUACCGCGAUGAACCGACCAAGCCCCUCGACGUUCCUAUCGAGUCUUCUUCUUUGCGAUCACACCAGUCCGCUCACACCCACGACCCUGCACUAAUUCCCAACAGCAGUAUUACCGACAUGUAUCUGACUCGGCCCCCUCGCUUACCUCUGCCGAUCGACGAGGAGGUCCAUACCCCGGGAUCUCCCAUUCUAGCACCUGAGGAUCAGUCGGGAGAGGUCGAUCCCAUGGACUCGUUAGACGCAAUCACCCGCAAGAGCUCUGCCCUCAGCGCUACAACAGUGGACGAAGAGGAUGGCGAGGAACUGCGCGUCGACAAGACGAGACCUGUUGUUCAGACCAGGCUGGAAUGGCUUACUGGAGGCGACAAGAUUUAUGUGACAGGUACCAUUUUUCAAUGGAAUCGCAAGCAACGGCUACAUCCCAUUGAGGGCCGACCUGGCUGCUUUUCGACGACAGUCUAUGUUUUGCCAGGCACUCAUCAUGUCCGCUUCUUGGUGGACGGUAUCAUGCAGACUUCUCCUGAUCUGCCCACAACUGUGGACUUUGGCAACAAUCUUGUCAACUACAUCGAAGUCAGCCCCGAUGAAGCCCACAAACAACACCUUCCCGCACUCCCAGUUGCUCAUCAUGUCAAAGCUCAAGCCGAAGCUGCUGCGCAGGCAUCCUCAUCAACUCAGGAGAUGGUUCCUCAAUCUCCGAGGGCGCCAUCUCAGCCAAAGGGCAAAACCGUGCCACCUCCAGAAGCCUAUCGCAACCAGAUUCCGAAGUACCUUAUCGACUUUGACCAGGCUGAGGAUUCGCAGGCGUACCAAUAUGCAGUCAACGCAAUUGAGAGACUACCAAACCCCCCUGCUUUACCGGGCUUCCUGAGCAAGCCGAUACUAAAUGCAGCGACCCUUAUGAAGGACGACAACAGUGUUCUCAACAUGCCAAACCACACAAUAUUGAACCAUCUUGCUACCAGUAGCAUCAAGAACAACAUUCUUGCUGUUUCCGCUACUACACGGUACAGAAAUAAGUAUGUCACAACAAUCGUCUACAAGCCCACAUCUUCGGAUGAUGGUUAA